AUGAAUAAUAAUAGUUGUACAUAUGAUGAUGGAUCAACUCCAAACAUCACCAUUGUAGGCGCUGGAUUCUCUGGUAUAUGUGCUGCCAUCAAGCUAAAGAAAGAGUUGAGCAUUGACACAUUCACAAUAUAUGACUUGGAGAAUGAUCUUGGAGGCACAUGGAUGGUCAACUCCUAUCCUGGAUGUGCAUGUGAUGUACCCUCACACCUCUAUUCCUUCUCUUUCGAGCUGAACCCAGAUUGGAGUGAGAAGUUCUCACCUGCACAAGAGAUACAACAAUAUAUAGUUGGAAUGGCUAAGAAGUAUGAUCUGUACAAGCAUAUCCAGUUCCAAACAGCUGUACAUGAUUGCCAAUGGGAUGAUGCACUGUGCAAGUGGAUAGUCCAACUCAAACGUUCGAAUGGACAAGAGGAAACAAUCUACACUGAUAUAUUAUUGACAGGAGCUGGAGCACUGCGCAUUCCAAACAUACCAGAGGUAUUCAAACAGUUUCAAGGACCAAUGUGUCACUCUGCUCAAUGGGACAACUCAUUGCCGAUUGAUGGAAAGAACGUGGCAAUCAUUGGCAAUGGUGCGAGCGCUGUCCAGAUCAUCCCAGAGAUUGCACCGCGUGUCAAGAGCCUAUCAGUGUUCCAGAGACACCCAUCAUGGAUCAUACCUCGAGCCAACAAGGUCUAUUCGGGCUUCUCCAAAUGGAUUAUGCGGAACGUACCAUUGGUCCAGCGCGUCUAUCGUUGGUUGCAGUUCAUAUCAGCAGACAUUGUAUACGGCUCAUUCGUCGAGGGCAGCACACUGCACAAGGUGUCCAAGUACUUGGCGAUGAAGCAUCUCACGGCCCAAGUAAAAGAUGAGGCUCUGCGGGCCACUCUGACUCCAUCAUACAGUAUUGGCUGCAAGCGUAUCAUUGUGUCCGAUGACUUCUAUCCUGCUCUGGGGCGCAGCAACGUCACGCUCGAGACAGACUCGAUCGAUCGCAUUGAAGGCACCACUAUCAUCACGCGUGAAGGCACCCGACACACGGUCGACUCGCUCAUCCUCGCCACAGGCUUCAGAGUGCAGGACUACUGCACACCGAUGAACCUGCAUGGCAAGGGCGGCGUCAGCAUGCGUGGCCUGGUCCACUCCAAGAUCGAGACGUACUUGGGCAUCUGCGUCAAAGGCUUCCCCAACUCGUUUGUCUUUCUUGGUCCCAACACUGCGCUUGGUCACAACUCUGUUCUGUUCAUGAUUGAGUGCCAAGUGAACUUUACAAUGCAGUGCAUUCGCGAGAUGAUCAAACGCAACAUGUCAUCGAUUGAUGUUCAAGCCACUGCACAACAGCGUGUACAAAAGGAGUUGGAGCGUAACCUUGAAGGCAAGGUGUGGACCACUGCAUGUGGCAGUUGGUACAAUGACAAGAAUGGACAUAACUUCACCAUCUGGCCAGGUUCCUGUACAAACUAUUGGUGGAGGACCAGAACAGUAGACUUCCGUGAUUUCAACUUCACCAAGGCAUCGUCAUCAUCAUCAACAUCUGUUGCUUCGUCUUCUGUUGUUCCAGAUGAAUCAAUCAACAACAACAGACACAAAUCUAAACAGGCUUAA